CUUGUACACCUGCAUCCUGCGAGCCUGGUAAUGUGGUCGGGCCCAAAUGAACCAGAGCCGACGGAGUGGGCUGGAGGCAGAGGCACCAGCAGCAAUAGAGUGGCCUCUGCUUGCCAGAGAUGCCGCCGGCUGAAACACAAAUGCGACAUCCAAAGACCUUGUACACUCUGCGCGAGAGCCGGUGCUUCUUGUGUACCUGGUGAUGCCGCGAGCUGGAAAGUCUACCUUGGCCGCGUGACAAAGCCUCUUCCAAGUGCCAGCCCGAACGCGAGAAAGCAGCAGCCUUUGCCGUCGCCCUCACCAUUCAGCGGAGAUUACCACACCUCUCGUGACAGCCACGUAGCGUCCACGGAGGGAGUGACGAUCAGUGGCGGAUCAGUUCCGCGCCAUGAAUCGCCCAUUCCAGACUCUGCCUUCAAUGAGGCCACGUGGAACUCGUCCUCGACCGUGGUUUUGGUCGAAGAGGCUUUUCACUAUCAUGAUUCCGACACUCCUUCGCCCUUGGAGAUAUCGGCAUAUUCUACUGGAAUAUGGAAACACGACGAAAACCUGCCUUCACGGCCUACCAAGGCCUUGUGGCAAAGGAACCCAUCCCCCGGCUUCUCUUCACCCACCGCACGAGAACUCCUCAAAUUGCUUCCCCAACGGGAGCCCGCCACGAUACUGCUGAACACGUAUUUCGAUCGCGUGCACUGGUUCAUGUUGUUGUUCCACCAGCAAGACUUUCGAGCCAAGUUUGCCCAGCUCUAUGAUCACUUGUAUGUUCAGCGAGCUCCUGCUGCCAUCAGUGACUUCACCGGGUUCCUGAGUACCCUCUUGGCCACAUUCGCGAUUGCGAUCCAGCAUGCCGGUGAAUACCGGAAAAGCCUCUUGCUUCAGGCCGGCCUCGAUCCCAAUGCCCUCCAAGAGAAGAUUCUCGCGACCCUGAACUUCAGACUCAUCGAAAUUCUGUCUCUUGGGUCUCUGGAGGCGGUGCAAACCUGUGUCCUCCUGGGCAGUUACCACCUCUACCAUGGUCGUCCAGAUUUGGCAUGGCCCAUCUGCGGUUGUGGACUCCGGAUCGCCCAAGCGCUGAACUUGCAUCGCAAGAUGCGACUGCUCAAUUCCUCAGCUGACAUUCCAGCUGUACCGGCGUACCGGCUCAACGAAGCUAGAAAACGAGUCUGGUGGGCGGUCUACGAAAUCGAGACGGUCUGUUCUAUGCUGUAUGGAUACCCCCUUAGCAUAUCGGAUAGCGAUUGUGAUGUCGAAUGGCUGGACUAUAGUACGCGUCAGCCAUUGAACAACCCGCCGUCCGAUACCCAGCUGAGCGGCGAAGCCACGUUGUUGUCAUACAAGUAUCUUAUGUCGAAAUUGUCGAUGAUCAUCCGGGUGGUGCUAACUGAUCUAUACGGUUCGCAUCGCAAUUUGCCGGCCAAAGUGGCGAGCUCAGCCACCAGAAACGCCCGGCUCCACCAAUUGGUUCAAAAGGUGGCAGAACUGGACCAGAAACUGUGCUCCUGGUACGAAUCGGUGCCCUGCAAGCUGAAAUUGGACGAUCUACCCUCGUCACCGUCAGCCCAAUGGUACGUGGAAGAGAUUGAGAAAACCUUGGGAGCUUCUGGUGAAAGAUUCGAGAGCUACAUCUUUGGACUCCAGGCUCUGGCGCUGAAAUUGGCCUUUGAAAAUACGAGGAUAUUGAUCCACCGACCCCUUCUGUCCUACAAAAUGAUCACUCCUUCAAACACCUCCGAGUGGCCAUCGAACCCGCCCCAGACGUUGCAGAUUACCGAUCCUUUUCAAAGCUCGAUAGAAACCUGCCGAGAUGCUGCCCUCCGGACCGCCGAGGUGGGCAAGUUGCCGGUCUUCACGUACGCCUCGACCACCUUUGCAGCUGCCUUCUUUGGAAUGCAUCUCUUCACGGCCGGAGUCACCUUGUGUGUCAUGACGAGCCUGGAGCCACUCAGCUUGAGAGCCUAUGAGACAAAGAUGGGCGUGCGCAGCCUGAUGACCAUGCAGGUCUCAUUGAAGGAGUCAUCGAUCUUGGCGGCACAGGGACUGGACCUCCUGAAGAAAUUGACCAAAGUAGUGCUGCGCAAGGAAACCGAGGAGAUGUUCGAAUUUACCGCUCCUGCACCGGGGAGGGACUUUCCAGUUCCGCAUCCUUCGAACGACGAGCCUCCACCUCAAUUGACGGAAGCCCCUCGCCAACAUCGCGACGACACGCAAUCCAUCGACUCUCAAUCUCAUAACGCUCGUCAAACUCGCCUUGCUCCAGCGAGAGACGAGUCCACCGGGAGUUUUCAGCACACCACCCAGCAGCCGGACAACCACACGUUCGAGCAAGGCAAUAUUGACUUUGAUGAGAACACGACAGUGGCGAGGACGCUUCUGGAUCUCGAAAACGUCAUGUUCAACUUUCCUGCGUCGCGAAACUCUCCCUUGGACCAGUCCGGCAUGUGUGACGACAACUUUCCAUUCACCAACGACUUUAUCGAGCAGGACCAGAGCUGGAUAUGGGGUUUCGAUUAUUUCCAGAACGAUGAUGGCUGAAGGCACCUGGCUGCUGGCGAUGUACAGGUUUCCUACAUCAAUACUAGUUAUACAGCGUUCACAGGCUUGUCUAGAACAACAACUUCGUGACCAACUAGCAUCAGGAGAUCUGUGAAGCAGUAGGAAAAGUGUCUGCCUAUCACCUUUCCUCCCCACCACCCAUUACUACAUCGCCUCACACCUUGCUCACGAUCUCGCAUCAAGAGAGUCCAGCAGGUAGUCCGAGGCAGUCAAGAGUUAUCUAACGGCAGACUGAGUCUGGCGGGAGAGGGAGCAGGUUAUUUAUCAUCGAGGCGUGCACUUGGUACUCUCGGGAGUCAUUCCUUAACGGGGUCACACUAGGGAACCAAUCUCCAGGUAGCUUUUGUUUGGAACGUCUCUUUUUCGGCGUGGCGUGAGAUCUGCCUACCUUGGACAAGACAUACAAUCUGCCAAUUUGGCGAUGGUGAAAAUGAGCUAAGUGCGAAACUCAGCGAAUUCUAUAGGGUAAUCUACGAACCCAACGCCGCGCAAGAACUUUUGGUUUAUCUAUAUAUUCU